GUGCCUCUAUGGUUCUUCCUGUCAUUAGUCGGGAGGGGGCGCUGUGCGCAGGCGCGAGGUGACGCCGCGGCACGGCCGGAAGGAGCGCAGCGGCGUUCUCGGCGGCGGCGAAGGAGCUGUGGGCUGCCGCUGCUGGCGACCAAACGCCGCGGCUGCGGAGGCUGCAGAGCCUGUCUCGCGAGCCCGCGAAUUGAGUGGAGAACCCUUUGGAACAGAUGGUGGUCAUGUUUAUAUAUUAGUAAUCACGUAUGUGUAUGUCUGCAUUUGAAAAUGGCAGAGGGAAACAACAGUGAAGAGGUAAUUCAUUUGAAUAACUUUCACUGCCACCAGGGACAAGACUGGAUCAAUCUCAGAGAUGCGCCCAUCACCAUAUCUGACUCCUCUGAUGAGGAAGGGAUUCCGAUGCUGGUCACCCCGGCUUCCCAGCAACAUGACGAAGAGGACCUGGAUGAUGAUGUCAUCCUGACAGAAACAAAUAGACCUCAAACAUCACGACCCAAUCUCAUCAAACCCGCUGCCCAGUGGCAAGAUCUGAAAAGAUUGGGAGAAGAAAGGCCUAAAAAGUCUAGAGCAGCAUUUGAAUCUGAUAAGAGCAGCUAUUUUUCAGUGUGUAACAACCCAUUGUUUGAUUCUGGGGCACAGGAUGAUUCUGAGGCACAGGAUGAUUCUGAGGAAGACUACGGUGAAUUUCUGGAUCUUGGGCCUCCUGGAGUCAAUCAAUUCACUAAGACAAGUGGCCAAACAGAAAGAGAACCCAAACCUGGACCAAGUCAUAACCAAGCAGCAAAUGAUAUUGUCAAGCCCAGAUCAGAGCAGAAAGUCAUAAUCUUGGAAGAAAGUAGCCUCCUUUUCGGAGAAGGUGAUCCUUUGGGAAUUGAGAACCAGUCAUCUGAAGACUCAGAGACAGAACUUUUAUCAAAUCUCGAAGAGUCGGCUGGUAUAGAAGAUGAUCAGGCCAUUGGAGAAGGCUGUUGGUUAGGCCAUCCUUACCUCCGGUCUCUAAACCAGCAGCCCCGUGAGAUAACAAACCAGGUUGUUCCUCAAGAGCGGCAGCCUGAAGCAGAACUGGUCGCCUUGUUGUUUCAGCAUGAACUUCCAGGGCCAGCUUUUCCAAGACCAGUUUUUCCAAGACCAGAACCCCAGCAGGAUGGGAUUCCAGGCCCCUCAUCCCCUCAGCCUGCCCAUCCUCUGGAAGAGUUUGAAGACCAACAAUUAGCAACAGAUGAUGAAGAGCCAGGUCCAGCCUUUGCAAUGCAAGGAUCUCAGGAGCCCAACUUGGAAAACAUUUGGGGGCGAGAAGCUGCUGAGGUAGAUCAAGAACUCAUUGCACUGCUAGUGAAGGAAACAGAAGCAAGAUUUCCAGAUGUAGCAAAUGGGUAUAUUGAAGAAAUAAUUCAUUUGAAGAACUACUAUGAUUUGAAUGUACUUUGUAAUUUUCUUCUGGAAAAUCCAGAUUAUCCAAAGAGAGAAGAUAGAAUCAUUACAAACCCCAGUAGCAGCCUGCUGGCCGGCCAGGACGAGACAGAGUUGCCACAGGUGGACUUUUUUGAUUAUUCCAAGCUGGUUCCCCUGGACCAGCGCUGCUUCAUCCAGGCUGCUGACCUCCUCAUGGCCGACUUCAAGAUGCUCAGCAGUCAGGACAUCAAGUGGGCCCUGCACGAGCUCAAGGGACACUAUGCAAUCACUCGAAAGGCCUUUUCUGACGCCAUCAAAAAAUGGCAGGAGCUAUCACCAGAAACCAGUGGAAAAAGGAAGAAAAGAAAAGAAAUGAAUCAGUAUUCUUACAUCGAUUUCAAAUUUGAACAAGGUGACAUAAAAAUAGAAAAGAGGAUGUUCUUUCUGGAAAAUAAGCGGCGACAUUGUAGGUCCUAUGACCGACGUGCCCUCCUUCCAGCUGUGCAACAAGAGCAGGAGUUCUAUGAGCAGAAAAUCAAAGAGAUGGCAGAGCAUGAAGACUUUUUACUUGCCUUGCAGAUGAAUGAAGAACAAUAUCAAAAGGAUGGCCAGUUGAUUGAAUGCCGCUGCUGCUAUGGGGAAUUUCCAUUCGAGGAGCUGACGCAGUGUGCAGAUGCCCACUUGUUCUGCAAAGAAUGUCUCAUCAGAUAUGCCCAAGAGGCAGUCUUUGGAUCUGGAAAGUCAGAGCUCAGCUGCAUGGAAGGCAGCUGCACAUGUUCAUUCCCCACCAGUGAACUGGAGAAGGUGCUUCCCCAGACCAUCCUGUGUAAAUACUAUGAGCGAAAAGCCGAGGAAGAAGUUGCUGCAGCCUACGCAGAUGAGCUUGUCAGGUGCCCCUCCUGUAGCUUUCCUGCACUGUUGGACAGUGAUGUGAAGAGGUUCAGUUGUCCUAAUCCUCGCUGCCGAAAGGAAACCUGUAGGAAGUGUCAGGGACUCUGGAAAGAACACAAUGGCCUCACCUGUGAGGAGCUGGCUGAAAAAGAUGACAUCAAGUACCGCACCUCUAUUGAAGAAAAAAUGACUGCUGCCCGCAUUAGAAAAUGCCACAAAUGUGGGACCGGUCUCAUCAAAUCUGAAGGCUGCAACCGCAUGUCAUGCCGCUGUGGCGCCCAAAUGUGCUACCUCUGUCGCGUGUCUAUCAAUGGGUAUGACCAUUUCUGCCAGCAUCCCCGCUCACCAGGAGCCCCUUGUCAGGAGUGUUCAAGAUGCUCUCUCUGGACCGACCCCACUGAAGAUGAUGAGAAGUUAAUUGAGGAAAUCCAGAAGGAGGCUGAAGAGGAGCAGAAGAGAAAGAACGGAGAGAACACCUUCAAACGCAUCGGGCCUCCGCUGGACAAGCCUCCAGAGAAGGUGCAGAGGAUGGAAGCCCUCCCGAGGCCCGUCCCGCAGAACCUGCACCAGCCGCAAAUGCCGCCCUAUGCCUUCGUGCACCCGCCCUUCCCCCUGCCGCCCGUGCGGCCCAUGUUCAACAACUUCCCGCUCAACAUGGGCCCUAUCCCCGCACCCUACGUGCCCCCGCUGCCCAACGUGCGGGUCAACUAUGACUUUGGCCCUGUCCACAUACCCCUAGAGCACAACUUGCCUAUGCACUUUGGCCCCCAGCCACGGCAUCGCUUCUGAUGGCCCAGACCCGUUCCUGGUCUCCCAUCCCCACCACGAAUCCCCACCAGGCAUCGGAGGAGCCCGUGCCCUUGGGCUGUAGGAUAGAGAACCCAUCCCUCCCCAGGGCUAAGGGCUCCACCGAUGCCUUCCAAGGAGGGAUGGAGGGUGUGGGAGGGUAGGUUGGUUUUCUUGUGCUCCUCCUCUGGGAAGGGCCAUAGCUCCUUGAAGGGUGGCCACAAGCUGGUGGCCCUCUGGGUGCUUGUAACAGGAUCGAUCUGGCCUUCACUGGGCCAGAGAGAGAAGGGCAGUGAAGCCCUCUUCCUGGAGAGUCAAGCGUAGUGGCCCUGUCUGUGCCGUGUCACUCACAUCCCUGCGAAAACGACAAAGAGGAGAUGAUUUGCCUCCAGUCCAGUUCCCCUAGCAGACAACAGGAGAAGCCUGUCAGAGUUACAAACCACGUAGGCCUGCCUUCCCACUGCACAGACGCGUCCAUGAUAAAGACAAGUAGCACAGAGUGGAGUUGGAGAGAGCUGAGAUUGGCACUGCCACCCCCAUCCGGGGCCCGUCAAGAGUGGCCCUUUCUGCUCUGUGCGUAGCUGCAGGUCAAGGACCCAGGGCCCGAGCUGAGCCCUGGGAAGCAAGGCAGCCGUGAACAUCGCACUUGGGACCCAGAGGCCUGUGCUCGGGGGGCUCUCCUUCCUCACGGGAGCUCGAGGUUGGUCCCAUGAAGAGGUAGCAGAGCCCGUCCACAGGCCUGGGAAGCCCCAUGGGCUGGCUGUGCACUGCAGCCCCUCGGGGCAUUACCCAGUGCCGGGAGGGCAAGACAGUGUCCCUCACAUCCACGCCCAGGUGCCACCACAGUGACCAUUCACGAGGCCUCCUCUCUUCCCUUUUAAGGCCCAUUCAGAUCAGACAGCAGCAGAGAACAUCUUGUGGUGUGAGUUUUGUUCUGUCAUUUAUCUAAAAUGUUUGUUCUUGUUUACUCUGAACUUACCCAGUUUUCCAUGGCCUACUUGAAUUCCUAAAAAGUCAAAGUAGAAAUCGGUUACCUAGGUCAGGCAGCUGCGGGAGGCUGGAUGAUUCUGAAACUUUGGCCAAACAAAAGAUCAUCUCGAGGUAGCUGGGAGGGGCCUGGGCAGCCCAUUGCUGGGGAGACACCCCUGCACCAGCCGGGUGAUGAAUAGCUUUUCCCCCAAGGUUUUCUGGGGGGAGGAGUGGGCUCCCCUGGAGGGCAGAUAACCCCAGAUGCCACCUAGUGGGGCGCCCACCCAAGGUACUGCCCACUCUGCCAGCUGUGCUGCGCCUGCUGUGGCAGGGCCCAGGCAGCAGGUCCUCUGUCCUUCCUCCCUCUGUGUAUUCUCUCAGCGGCUGGUGGAGGCAGGUGGAGGCUGAUGUCCUGGCCCCCCAGGGGGUGAGGGCAGCUGUCCUUUUCCUGGGGUCAGAUGAGAGCUUGGGCCUGCCGCGUUCUCAGCCACCUUCUUCCCUUCCUGUCUGGCCCAGGUCUCUCGCUACACCUGAGGCACUGCACCGGCCUCUUUGCCAAGCAGAGGCCUGAAGCUUCUGACUGCCCAGCUGGGAGCCAGCCCUCCUGAACGCAGACGUCCUCUGUCCUCCAGUGUUGGCCUUCCUUGUCUUUGUGUUGCCCUGGGGUUCUGGGAAGUUGGGAGUACACAGACCUCAGAGAUGGGGCUGAGCCCAGGGCCUUCAGGGCUGUGCUGUGUGUGGGCCGCAACAGGGCUCGGCCGCCCAGGUUGUCAGGAAAUCAGGCACUGUCAAGCCACCAUCAGCUCCUCAGAUGCAUUUCAAAGAUUGAAGUGGGAAAAAAGAUCUAGAUGCCCGUUCUUUUUUGCCUCUCCUCAGGAUACAGGCUUUGAAGACAGGUGGUCACCUGGGCAUGGGCUGGGGGGCCCUUCCUGUUGGGCUGCCUGAACUUUGUUACUAGCCUGAAUGACAGUGCCUUGGAAAGGUGGGCUCCACGUGGCAGCGACAGUACUCUAAGUACCUUAAAUGCGUGUUCCCUGCACUUCCCCAGGGAGGGUCCCUGGGAGCAGAGUGCAUCAGCAGGUGGGGGGGUCACCCCAAGCACUGCCCCUCAGAGCCUGGCCCA